UUCCAGAAUGGAGAUCACCCAAGUGCUUUCGUGGACUGUAGUGGGUUUAGUAGUGAUUGCGUAUCUUGCUCAUAAAUGGAAAUACAGGAGCAUCAGGGCCAUUCCCGGUGUCGAGCCCGAUUAUCCCUUCCUUGGAAAUAUACCGCUGUUUUUGAAGAAAGGGAAUUCUUUCAUGAAAAUAUAUCGAACCGAGCAUCGCGUGUCGAAAAUAUGGUUGGGCCCCGUGCCGCUCAUCAACGUGCAGCAUCCGGAGCUGGUGCAGAAAGUGUUGACCGAAUGUCUCGAUAAACCAUUCGCGUACGAUUUUAUGGAACUGGGCACGGGAUUAAUAGCUCAACGAUACAGCAGCGUAUGGCGAGAGCAUCGGAAAACGUUAAGUCCACUUUUCAACUCCAGAAUACUAAACAGCUUCAUUCCUGUAUUCGAAAGAGCAACCACCGAGAUUGUGAAGCGGCUAGAACAAGUAUCCGAUGGACGAGAUGUUGAUCUGUUAAAGUAUACCAGUCACUGCAGUGCCCAGAUGGUUCAUGGUACGAUGGUGAACAUUGAACAUGUGCCGGAGGAAAUCUAUAGCUCGCUGAUUACGAAUUUGGAGAUCAUUCUGGAUGCGUUGGGAAAACGAAUCAUGAAUGGCGUGUACGCUCUGAAAACUUUGUACAAAAUGAGUGCAAUGUACCGAGAAGAAUGGCGCUCCAGAAAGAUAUGCUACGAAACGGUGAAUGAUGGCAUCAUGCAAAUGCGAAUGAAUAUCCUCAGCGAGCAGAGUGCACCCGCCGCAGCCGACAGAGAGGACCCAUCAAAGUCGAAAGCUUUUGUCGAACGAUUGCUCACCAUUCAGCAUAAAGGGCGUAGCUUCACUGACGAGGAAAUUAUCAAUCAUGCUUACACGAUGUUGGUUGCUGGUUACGAAACAACAGCUUUGCAACUGACGAAUAUUUGUAUGAUGUUAGCGAUGCAUCCGGAGAUACAGGAAAAAGUCGUCCAUGAGAUCAAGACGGUAUUUCCACUGCCAGACUCUGCAGUCACACCGGAAGCACUCAAAGAUCUUCCAUAUCUGGACAUGACAAUAAACGAAACUAUGCGGCUCUAUCCGGUGGUACCGAUAAUUGCGCGGCAAAGCAGCAGUUCUCUCGAAUUGGAUGGAGUAAAUAUCCCAAAAGGAACGUCUUUUGUCGUCAACAUUGGUGCAGUACACCGGCGCAAGGACCAAUGGGGAGCGAAUCCGCUUGAAUUCAAUCCAGAAAACUUUCUACCCGAGCGAGUCGCGAACCGACAUCCAUACGCCUUCAUUCCGCUCAGUGCCGGCCCUAGAGUCUGUAUUGGCAACCGGUAUGCUAUGAUUUCGCUCAAGGUCUUUCUAAUCCGGUUAUUACAACAGUAUCGAUUGAGCACCAAAUUGACUCGAAAAGAUUUAAAGUUCAAAUUUCAAAUCACGUUGAAGCUCAAAAUGCCAUAUACGAUGCAACUAGAGAAAAGGAAUCUAUACGAAGAGGAACGAGUAGGAGCUGGAGUCUCGGCGUAG